AGUCUCCAACCGCCAGCAUCUCUAGAACAGUCGCCGGGCGCGGAGCACGCCAACACACCCGCACGCCUUUUCUUUCCUUCUUUUUUUUUUUUUUUAUUAUAUUUUAUUUAAAUUUUUGGCUGCAUUCGGCUGUUUCUAUGGGUCCCAGUGUGAUGUCACCCCCGGUUAAAAGCCUCAAGUGUCUGUCGCCGGUCAUGUGUCAGUGUAAGGUCGUUUGUAGUAACCGGACUCUGUCUGUCAUGUUCGGCUGCAAGAAAUACCGUUACCAAGAUGAAGACACGCCCCCUUUGGAACACAGUCCUACCCACCUAACCAAUCAGGGGAAGGCUCCAGAGCUGGUCCACGUGUCAGAGAAGAAUCUAUCCCAGAUCGAGAACGUGCAUGGAUACGUCUCCCACCCUCACAUCUCCCCCAUGAAGCCGGAACUGCUUUCUGGUGGCCACACCCCUCUGUAUACAUCCGCUGCGUCAACACUGGCACACUCGCAUCCCAUGGUUGUAAAUACAGACAGUAUCGAUGCCUCUUCAUAUAUUAACGGCAUGGAAGGAGAGGUGGAGUAUGAAGAAAUCACACUGGAGAGGGGUAACUCCGGGUUGGGGUUCAGCAUCGCGGGGGGUACCGAUAACCCCCACGUGGGGGAAGACCCCAGCAUCUUCAUCACCAAAAUCAUCCCUGGGGGGGCGGCAGCGCAGGACGGCAGGCUCAGGGUGAAUGACAGCAUCCUGUUUGUGAACGACAUGGAUGUGCGAGAGGUGUCCCACAGUAUGGCGGUAGAAGCGCUGAAGGACGCGGGCGCCAUCGUCCGGCUCUACGUGAUGCGCAGGAAGAGCGCGGCGGAGAGAAUCACCGAGAUCAAACUCAUCAAGGGACCCAAAGGUCUCGGUUUCAGCAUUGCUGGGGGGCUGGGGAAUCAGCACAUCCCCGGAGACAACAGCAUCUACGUGACCAAAAUCAUAGAGGGGGGGGCGGCGCACAAGGACUGCAGGCUGCAGAUUGGAGACAAGAUUCUAGCUGUGAACAAUGUCAGCCUGGAGGAUGUGAUGCAUGAGGAUGCUGUAGCUGCUCUGAAGAACACUGCUGAGGUCGUCUACCUGAAAGUAGCCAAACCCACCACUGUGUACCUGAACGACUCGUACACACCACCCGACCUCACCAGCUCGUACUCCAACCACAUGGACAACGAGGUCGGGCACCCCAACUUCCUGGUCACGGAUUACCCACAGGCCCUCACUCCCACGUCGCCGCUCAGAUACUUGCCCACCUCCAAAGGCAUGCUGGGAGAAGAUGACACGCUCAGCCGGGAGCCACGGAGAGUGGUGAUCCACCGCGGCUCCACCGGACUCGGGUUCAACAUCGUCGGCGGGGAGGACGGCGAGGGAAUCUUCAUCUCCUUCAUCCUGGCAGGGGGGCCGGCAGACCUGAGCGGAGAGCUGAGCAAAGGGGACCAGAUCCUGUCGGUGAAUGGGGUGGAUCUUCGGAGUGCCACGCAUGAGCAGGCAGCUGCUGCGCUGAAGAAUGCAGGCCAGACCGUCACAGUCAUCAGCCAGUACAAACCAGAGGAGUACAGCCGGUUUGAGGCCAAGAUUCACGACCUGCGAGAGCAGCUGAUGAACAACAGCUUGGGAUCGGGAACAACAUCCCUGCGCAGCAACACCAAGAGAGGAUUCUACAUCAGGGCACUGUUCCACUACGACAAGACGAAGGACUGCGGCUUCCUGAGCCAGGCCCUGGGGUUCCAGUUCGGAGAGGUGCUGCACGUGAUCGACACUGGCGACGAGGAGUGGUGGCAGGCCAGGAGAGUGAGCCCUGAGGGGGAGGGCGAGGAGACCGGCUUCAUCCCCAGCAAGAGGAGGGUAGAAAGAAAAGAAUGGUCCAGACUAAAGACGAAGGACAGGGACCGGAGCAGAGACAGCAUCGGAUCACAAGGGAGAGAGGAUUUUGUUCAGAGUUACGAGACAGUCAUGCAGAUCGAAGUCCAGUACGCCCGUCCCAUCAUCAUCCUCGGUCCCAUGAAGGACAGGGUGAACGACGACCUCCUCUCCGAAUUCCCAGACAAAUUUGGAUCCUGCGUGCCACACACCACGCGGCCGAAGCGAGAGUACGAAGUGGAUGGGCGGGAUUACCACUUUGUGUCGUCGCGGGAGCAGAUGGAGAAGGACAUUCAGAGCCACAAGUUCAUCGAGGCGGGCCAGUACAACAGCCACCUGUAUGGGACCAGUGUACAGUCUGUCAGGGAGGUGGCAGAGCAGCAAGUGAAGCAUUGCAUCCUGGAUGUUUCAGCGAACGCAGUGCGGAGACUGCAAGCGGCACAGCUGCACCCCAUUGCUGUGUUCAUCAGACCCAAAUCACUGGAGAACAUCCUAGAAAUUAAUAAGAGGUUGACAGAGGAUCAAGCUCGGAAAGCUUUAGACCGGGCGGUGAAGCUAGAGCAAGAAUUCACAGAGUGCUUCUCAGCUAUCGUGGAAGGGGAUAGCUUCGAGGAAAUCUACCACAAAAUCAGAAGAGUUAUCGAAGAGCAAUCGGGACCUUACAUCUGGGUUCCAGGGAGAGAGAGACUGUGAAGGAGGGACUGCUGACCGUCCAGUCGUCUGCAAGUCUGCGGGCAGACGCCCG